UGAUUCAACACUCAAAGUUUACUUUAGAAUUUAUGGGUAGGAUUUUCUCGAUCUAUUAUUAACAAUAUUAACUAACAAUUAUUUUGAUAACGGCGAUCCGUAUAUUGGCGACGGCCGCGGCGGAAAUUGAACAUUACAAUCGAACCAAUUAACUCUCUGCUAUUAUUAUUAGUUAUUUGUAAAAGUGUUAACUGCCCGUUGCAGUCUUACUUCGUGUUUCGUGUAUACAUGCUCUUUUUAUUGUUUCAACAUGGAAGAAAUUAUUUUGAAUGCUCCCGUGAUCAUCGAAGAUAUUGAAUUUCCUGAUCAAUCCGACUUACUCAAUUUAUUAAUUAAAUUGAAAGGAGAUUGUUUCUUCAACGCAUUUAUUGAAUAUGGAAUAACAUCUGAAAGCCUUAAAUACACAAACGAAAAACACUUAAAUGAAAUUUGUCCAAAAAAUUUGUAUGGACAAAGAAUUAUAUUUGAGAAUCAUUUGAAAAAGUGGCAGUCAAACUUUGUUGGUAAACAGUCUACUGUUAAUGCAAGUAAUGCAUUAGAUUAUUCAUCAGAUUCAGAGAUUUUUGAAUACUCUACUACAAGUUCCAGUAGCAGUAGUCCAAUUUCUUUUAAAAAUCAAGUGGUGUCUCCGUCUUAAAAAACGUGCAACAUGGAAAAUGAACUUGAUCAAUUCAUGGUACAUUUAAAGUAUGUUCAUUAUCAUCAUCGAGUUUUUAUCGCUGUGGUAUAUCGCAUUGUUCACAAACUUUUUCGGCUUAUCGUACAUUUUCUAAACAUAUGAAAUGUGAAAUGUAAAAUAAAAUAAAUUCUAAUCAUAAUCAAUAUAAUUUUGUAAGUUAUAUUGUCUCAAAUGUUGAUACUGGUCUGUAUGUUUUGAAAAGUAAUACAUAUUUAAUGGGUCCUCCAAUUAAUUUAUAUCAUCUAAAUAAUAAAGACACUGUAAUACGGGUCAAACAUUACUUUACAUAGAAUAUUUAUUAAAAUACAUAUAAUUUGAUUUAUGUUAUAACUUAUAGUAUAAGUUAUACAUACAACAGUAUUUUUUAUAUAAACUUAUGUACAUUUUUAUUUAACUGAUGUUUAAUCUAAUCCUAAA